UUGGGGUUUGACUUGGAAGAAAACAGGAACGGAAGGCAGAAUGAUCUGCUACUGUUUCUUUAACUCUCUCUCUCUCUUGUCUGAGAAAGGAAUCAACAGAACGAGAAAAGAAAGGCAAAGACACAAAAGAGACCGAAAACUAAUACUUCCCAUAGAAGAGAUUGUUAAUAUAUGGUAUAAACGUUACUUCACUCUUUCUCUCUCCAUCUCUCCUUUUACUCGGAUUCAAUCAAAUGAUUACUUGCUCAUUCCGAAGAAACCCACAUAGACCAUGUUGAGAAAUGAGGCUUAGAUUUAAGAAAUGGGGUGUGUACUUGGUAGAGAGGUAGCCUCUGGCAUAGUUUCAGAGUCUAAAGAGGUAAAGAACCUGAGAAUUGAAUCCAGAAGAAAAUUAGACAUUGUUUCAGUGACAAAGAGUGACACUAGUAGUAUUGUUGAGAUUCAAAAUGAGACUCAGAAGGAGGAGAAAGUGGAGAGGGAUCAAAAACCUAGAGGGGAGAGAAGAAGGUCUAGGCCAAACCCUAGGUUGAGUAAUCCACCCAAGCAUUUGCAGGGUGAGCAGGUGGCAGCUGGAUGGCCACUGUGGCUAUCAGCAGUCUGUGGGGAGGCACUCAAUGGAUGGAUUCCCCGGCAGGCAGACACAUUUGAGAAGAUAGAUAAGAUUGGAUCUGGAACAUAUAGCAAUGUGUACAAAGCUAGAGAUCUAUUAACGGGUAAAAUUGUUGCCCUAAAGAAGGUCCGAUUUGAUAAUUUGGAAUCUGAAAGCGUGAAGUUCAUGGCUAGAGAGAUCCUCAUUCUCCGGAGAUUGGAUCAUCUUAAUGUUGUAAAGUUGGAGGGUUUAGUUACAUCCAGGAUGUCAUGCAGUUUGUACCUGGUAUUUGAGUACAUGGAGCAUGAUCUAGCUGGACUUGCUGCUAACCCAGGAGUAAAGUUCACAGAGCCACAGGUUAAAUGUUUCAUGCGUCAACUAUUGUCUGGACUUGAGCACUGCCACAACCGUGGUGUUCUUCAUCGUGACAUCAAAGGAUCAAAUCUUCUUAUUGACAAUGAAGGGAUACUUCGAAUUGCUGAUUUUGGAUUGGCAUCUUUCUUUGAUCCCAAUAACAAGCAUCCAAUGACUAGUCGGGUGGUUACACUUUGGUAUAGAGCUCCUGAGCUUCUUCUUGGGGCUACUGAUUAUGGCGUGGGUGUGGAUCUCUGGAGUGCAGGUUGUAUACUAGCUGAGUUAUUAGCCAGAAAGCCAAUAAUGCCAGGUCGUACUGAGGUAGAGCAACUACAUAAGAUAUACAAGUUAUGUGGUUCACCUUCAGAUGAGUACUGGAAGAAGUCAAAAUUGCCUAAUGCAACUUUAUUUAGACCUCGGGAGCCUUACAAAAGAUGCAUAAGAGAAACAUUUAAAGAUUUUCCACCAUCGUCACUUCCCCUCAUAGAAACUCUUCUUGCAAUUGAUCCAGCUGAACGUCAGACAGCCACAGCUGCUCUUAGAAGUGAAUUCUUCAUAACAGAGCCUUAUGCCUGUGAACCUUCUAGUCUCCCAAAAUAUCCCCCAAGUAAGGAGAUGGAUGCUAAACGACGAGAUGAUGAAGCUCGAAGAUUAAGAGCCGCUGCAAAAGCCCAGGGUGAUAACGCAAAGAAACAGCGGACACGUGAACGUGUUGCUAGGGCAAUGCCUGCCCCGGAAGCCAAUGCAGAGCUGCAACCUAAUAUUGAUAAAAGACGGCUGAUUAACCAUGCAAAUGCAAAGUGCAAGAGUGAAAAGUUUCCUCCACCUCACCAGGAUGGGGCACUUGGCUAUCCUUUAGGAUCAUCACAGCAUAUUGAUCCUGCAUUUGUUCCUACCGAUGUACGCUAUAGCUCUACUUCAUUCACCUACUCAAAAGAGCCAGUGCAAACUUGGUCAGGUCCAUUGGUUGACCCAGGUGCUCCUAGACGAAAGAAGAAUGCUACAGGUGAUACAAGAGAAUCAUCAAAAACUUCAUCAGGGACCCAAAGAGAUAAAACCAGCUACGCUCGGUUUAAGGGAAAGAGAAGCAUGGCUUGAACUUUCAGGGCAUACAUACUUUGACAAACUAGGUUUGUGAAACUGGCGAUUGCCUAUACAGCAGAAGACACACUGCUAUUUUAUGCAAGUGCUUGACUUCUUCACACACAUGAAAGAUGUAUAAUUGUUUUGGUUAAAAAUGUACUUGGGUUGAACUCAAAUUUUCUAUAAGUUUGUUCCCAUUUUCAUCAUAGAAAAUUUUUCAGUUCUUUCUA